AUGUUGAUGCAAAAUAUUAUGUACCUGUUCACUCGAGAUAUCCAUAGCAUUAGCAAUCUCACGCACCUUGAUUCUUCUAUCAUCCACACCAUAUCAUGGAUGGAUUUUAUCAAUGAUUUCUGGAGUAGUCUCAACAGAGCGUUCAGCAUCACUUGUGCUCAUAUGGCCACUCCGACGAAACGUUUGAAACCAUUUAUAAACUGUUCUAAUCGAAGAAAUCACUCGACUUCCUCGAUUCAGACAAACGUGAAAUGUAGAAAAAUAGAUCAAUCUGGCUGA